UUUGAUGAUCUAAGAUCUUCAACCAUCUCAUCUUGUAAAUCUUUUCUUUCUUCCUUCUCCAUGGCUAAUUCAAUCUUGUUCAUUUUCUUCCUUCUUCCUUUUGUUGUUGAUUCACUUUACUUCAACAUCACUAGCUUUCAACCAGAUGAUCCUUCAGGAAACAUAGUCUACCACGGAGAUGCGGCACGAGAUGAAGACGGAACGGUGAACUUCAACAGCGCCGCACGUACAUCUCAAGUUGGUUGGAUCACUUACUCAAAGGAAGUCCCUAUAUGGAGUCGUAGAACUGGUAACGCUUCAGAUUUCAACACCAGCUUCUCUUUCAAAAUCGAUGCUCGUAACCUCACAUCAGAUACUCAUGGUAUAUGUUUCUUUCUUGCUCCUGUGGGAGCACCACUCCCUGCAUACACUCCUUCUGGUUUCUUGGGUCUCUUCGGUCCAAAUAUUGAUUACAAGUCUUCUUUUGACCUCGUUCAUAUCGAGUUUGACACGUAUAGCAACCCAGGUUGGGAUCCUAGGGACGUUGCAUCUCAUGUCGGGAUCAAUAAUAACUCUCUUGAAUCUUCUAACUACACUUCUUGGAACGCAAGUUUGCAUAGUCAAGAUAUUGGUCAUGCACGUGUCUCUUAUGAUUCUGUUAACAAGAACUUGAGUCUGUCUUGGGGUUAUGAGCUAACAGCCUCUGAUGAUGAGAGUUCAAGCCUUUCUUACAUCAUUGACCUAGCUAAGGUUCUACCAUCAGAAGUUAUGUUAGGGUUUAUAGCCGCUGCUGGAUUAAACACAGGUGAACAUAAACUCUUGUCUUGGGAGCUAAGUUCAAGUCUAGACCCCGAGAAAGCCGACAACAAGACAGGACUUAUAAUUGGCAUCUCGGUUGCUGGAGUUGUUCUCGUGACCUUACUGGUCAUUACAACCGUUAUGGUUUGGUCGAGGAAAUCAAGAGAGAUAACAAACAUGGUAUCAUCAUCAUCAAUAAACGAAGACCUAGAAAAGGAAACAGGAGGACCAAGAAAGUUUUCUUACAAGGAUCUUGUGUCAGCAACAAACGGAUUCUCACACCAAAGGAAGCUAGGUGAAGGAGGGUUUGGAGCGGUGUAUAGUGGGAACUUGAAAGAAAUCAACAUGAUGGUUGCGGUGAAGAAGCUAUCUUGCGGCUCAAGGCAGGGAAAGAAAGAGUUCUUAAACGAAGUUAAAGUCAUCAGCAAGUUAAGACAUCGAAACCUAGUGCAACUCAUUGGUUGGUGUAAUGAAGAAAACGAGUUCUUGGUUAUAUAUGAGUUGAUGCCAAACGGUGGAUUGAACUCUCACCUCUUUGGUAAAAGGGAAGAGAUACUAUCUUGGGACACAAGGUACAAGAUAGCUCUAGGUCUAGCUUCUGCGAUACUUUAUCUCCAUGAGGAAUGGGAUCAGUGUGUGCUACACAGAGACAUCAAGGCAAGUAAUAUAAUGCUUGACGGUGACUUCAACGUCAAGUUAGGUGACUUUGGGCUGGCUAGGGUUAUGAGUCAUAAGCUUGAUUCUCAUAAAACAGGGUUGGCUGGAACUUUUGGAUACAUGGCACCCGAGUAUGUUAUGACAGGUUGUGCAAGUAAAGAAUCUGAUAUGUAUAGCUUUGGGAUAGUGUUACUAGAGAUUGUCACGGGGAGAAAAUCGUUGGAGAGAAGGAAAGAAGAUGAAGAAGAAGGGAACAGUGAUGAUGAUGAUGAUUCAGAGAGUGAUGAGAAGAGUCUUGUGGAGAAAGUGUGGGAGCUUUAUGGGAAGAAAGAGCUGUUGAGUUCAGGUGUAGAUGAGAAACUUGGUGAUGAUUUUAAUAUGGAAGAAGCUGAGUGUCUUUUGGUUUUAGGGUUAUGGUGUGGUCAUCCUGAUAAAAGUUCGAGACCGUCGAUAAAACAAGCGAUACAAGUUAUGAAGUUGGAGUCACCAUUGCCUGUUAAUCUUCCGUUGAAGAGGCCUGUUGCUACGUAUUACAACUCGACUUCUUCUUCUUCUUCUCCUCCUUCGGUUAACUCUAGUAGAGCUUCGAUAACGUUCUCGAGUAAGGAAGUUGGUCGUUAGCUUAAGAUUUGAGAUUAACUCUUAAGUUCUUACACUUACUAUCUUUGUGCUCUCUUGUUUUAUCUUUGUUAUAAUUGUUUAUGCUCUUGAAGUGUGUCUAUUCUUUGUGGGAUUAUCCUUAAUCCCUGCUUUUUUUUUACUGUUUUUCUUUAUAUAUGUAGUUGUGAAAAAACUCUUUUGUAACGUAUUCGUUUUG